UACUAUGAUCCGCAGAGACUUUCCCUCCGCCUCAGUCGAGCCGUUGACUGCAAAAGUGGCGCCCCGCAGCAUGAAAGAAACAACAAAGCCGUGAAAGACAAAGUCCCUACUUAGCAGCCGAGCCUUUCUAAUGUCCUGCCCGCCCCCACCAGGGAGGUAGUGCUUCCAGCCAAGGAAACAGGCCUACUCAGUAGCCGCUAUGAAGUGCACAGGGCCUUCAAAGAGUGAGAAAAUUGCCUUUGUAUUGGAGUAUGCUCUAGCCAGGGAGGCAAAGAUUUGGAAAGUGCCCAUCUUCCAAGAUUUCACACUAAAGGGCACAGACAUUCCUCCAUCUUAUUAUGAGAAAGCUGUUUUGUGGAUUGGAGAAUUAAGCUCACUGUUUCAGUUUUGUCCUGGAACGUUUGCCUUGGCCACCAGUAUUCUGAACCGGUUACUGGCAUCAGUGAAGGCACAGUUAAAAUACCUCCAGUGCAUUGCGAUUGCUUGCCUGGUUGUUGCAGCCAAAAUCAAUGAAGAAGACGAGAUAAUACCAUCAGUAAAGAAGCUUGUAGUGCAGAGUGGCUGUAAAUGUUCUCCAGCUGAGAUUUUGAGGAUGGAAAGAAUUGUACUUGAUAAACUUCACUGGGAUCUUUACACAGCAACAUCAAUGGAUUUUUUAAACAUUUUCCAUGCCAUGGUGAUGUCCAAGUGGGCCCAUCUGCUACAUGGGCUUCCUCAGAGGAAUCCUUCCCGCCAUGCCGCAUUCUUGACCAAACAGCUGCAGCACUGCAUGGCGUGCCACCAACUGCUGCAGUUUAAGGGCUCCACAUUGGCUUUGGUGAUCAUUACCUUAGAGUUGGAGAGGCUGACUCCUGAUUGGUUUCCUGUGAUAACAGAUCUGCUAAAAAAAGCACAGAUUGACAGCACUCAGUUCAUCCACUGUAAAGAGCUUGUUGACCAGAAUCUCCAGUCUUUCCAACCAUUCAACGCUGUCUAUAUUUUCAACCCUGCAAGUCAAAACAUUCAGGCCCAUCUGGAUGAAAGUCUACCCUGCUGUUAUUCCAUGGUGAAGAAAUCAGUGCAAAUUAACCUACAAGCCAGAGGGAGCCAGGCAGUCCCAGCAGUUUUCACACCUCUCCAAGGCAGUGCUUAUGAAGACGAUAUGGAGACAGAUGAAUUCUAUGAUGGAUUCAAGUACUUAUACAAUGAAGAUGGGACCUCGGAGGCUGGACAAAGCAGCAAUGAUCAUCUGAGACAAAAAGAAAGUAGCCGUUUCUGUCCCCCAUUACAGCCCGCUCCUGAGAUUGACUAGUGGGGCGGGUGGUUGCUCUGUUAUAGCAAGGGACCAGCCAGUAUCCAAAGCUAUUUCUAGUAUAUCAAAGGAUAAUAAGAUGUAAAUAGAAAGCACUGCCCAUUUUGGAAUCCCAACUCCCCGCCUUUUAAAUUGCUUGUUACAAAACUGUACACUUUCAGGGUGGGUUGCUCUGGUGUAAUCAGAGUAUAAAGCUCACAAAGUA